CCCAUGGACCCUCUGAGGCAGUCCCCCUCCCCCUGCUCAUCGCGGCCCUCCAGCCCCAGGACCCCACCCUGUGAGACGCUUGGUUACGUCGGCAUCGAGGCUGUACUGGACCAGCUGAAGAUCAAGGCCAUGAAGAUGGGGUUCGAGUUCAACAUCAUGGUGGUGGGGCAGAGCGGGCUGGGCAAGUCCACGAUGGUGAACACGCUGUUCAAGUCCAAGAUGUGGAAGUCCACCCUGCCGGGCCUGGGAGUGCCCACGCCCCAGACCCUGCAGCUGCAGUCAGUGACCCACGUCAUCGAGGAGAAGGGCGUGAAGCUCAAGCUAACUGUGACCGACACGCCCGGCUUCGGGGACCAGAUCAACAACGACAAGUGCUGGGACCCGAUCCUGGGCUACAUCAAUGAGCAGUACGAGCGGUACCUGCAGGAGGAGAUCCUCAUCACCCGCCAGCGCCACAUCCCCGACACCCGCGUGCACUGCUGCGUGUACUUCGUGCCGCCCACUGGGCACUGCCUGCGGCCCCUGGACAUUGAGUUCCUGCAGCGGCUGUGCCGGGUGGUGAACGUGGUGCCAGUGAUCGCCCGGGCAGACAGCCUGACCCUUGAGGAGCGAGAGGCCUUCAGGAGCAGGAUCCAGCACAACCUGAGGACUCACUGCAUUGACGUGUACCCGCAGAAGUGCUUCGACGAGGACAUCAAUGACAGGAUCCUCAACAGCAAGAUCAGGGACCGGAUCCCCUUUGCAGUGGUCGGGGCCGACCAAGAGCACCUGGUGAACGGGAGGUGUGUCCUGGGCCGGAAGACGAAGUGGGGCAUCGUUGAAGUGGAGAACAUGGCGCACUGUGAGUUUCCCCUCCUGAGAGACCUGCUCAUCCGCUCCCACCUCCAGGACCUGAAGGACAUCACCCACAACGUCCACUACGAGAACUACCGCGUCUACAGGCUCAACGAAAGCCACGUGCUGCCCCGCGGGCCCGGCUGGGUGAACCUGGCUCCGGCCCCCACCGAUCCCCCUGCCACUCCCGGGCCCUGGAAGGUCCGCCGGCGGGCCCACGACAGUUCUGACGAGGAGUGCUGA